UGAGGACAGUUCUAUGCCCACUAGGACAUUCUCAUUAAAUCCUGUGUGUUUCUUGGUCUUCUAUUCAGUCUUUCAGUUGAAGGUGACGUGAGAGCAGUAACCCAACUCUCAAAUGUGGACAUGCCCAAGUUGUGAAUAAAAACUGGGAACUCCUAGUUAAAAAGAUUUCUCUAUGGCACCCAGUCAACCUUUCAGUCCUGAAGUUGAUUUUCACCCCAGUCCUCUUGAAACUGCAAAAAAACCCUGAAUUUUUCGCAUGCCUUACAUAUCGUUAUAGAAGCAAUGAAAGCCUUCGAAACACAGAGAAGAUAUUGGUAUAUUGUGAGACAUAAAAGAAUCAUGCUAUUUAGAGAGCCAUCAAUUUGACAGUGAAUUGUCUUAAAGCUUUGGAGAAAACAAAUGCUUAAAAAGAACGCAGGGUGGCGCUGCAGCCUCAUAAGUAGAAGAAACCGGGACCAGCCAACUAUCCAGUAACCAGACGCUGAAGGGAGGAGGUAGGAGGGGAGCCUUCUAAGGCAGCCUUUCCGGAAAGUCUUGGGACUGGGGAUUGUGGAUUUAUCCCAUUGUCUGCAAGAUAUUUGCAGAGCAAGUCAGUGACGACGUGAAUCCACGGCUGGAGCGAGUUUGUUGGGAGACCAGAAGGCGAUGGAGGCUGCAGAGGAAAUGGAGCGAGUCCUAAAAAAAAGGCAAGUCCUGCUGUUCUUUGUUUUGCUGGGCAUAGCUCAGGCUGGGUCCACUCUUAGGCGCUACUCAGUGGAGGAGGAAGCGGAGAAUGGCUUUUUUGUGGCCAAUUUGUUAAAGGACCUGGGGCUAGAGGUAGAUGAACUUGCUGCGCGGGGACCACGAGUUAUUUCCAAAGGGAAAAAAUUGAACUUAGAAUUCAAUAGGCAAACCGGGGAUUUGUUAUUAAGGGAGAAACUGGACCGGGAGGAGCUGUGCGGCGCCGCCGAACCCUGUGUGGUACCUUUCCAGGUGUUACUGGGAAAUCCUUUGCAGAUUUUUCAGGCAGAGCUGCAGAUUAGAGACAUAAAUGAUCAUUCUCCCGUUUUUCUGGACAAGGAAAUAAUUUUGAAAAUUUCAGAAAUGACUGCUUCCGGAACCACUUUCCUAAUAGAACCGGCUCAAGACUUAGAUGUAGGAAGCAACAGUCUCCAAACUUACACAAUCAGCCCCAAUUUCUAUUUUCACCUUAAAUUGCAAGACAGUCCGGAUGGCACGGUAUUACCACAGCUGGUUCUGGACAGAGUGCUGGAUCGGGAGGAACAAUCUGAAAUCAGAUUAACACUCACAGCGAUAGAUGGUGGGAGUCCACCCAGGUCUGGCACCGCCCUGGUCCUUAUUGAAGUCUUGGACAUCAAUGACAAUAUCCCCACAUUUUCAAAGUUUCGCUAUGAGGUCCAAGUCCCAGAGAACAGUCCUGUUGGAUCCCAGGUUGCUACAGUCUCUGCUAGGGAUUUAGACAUUGGGGACUACGGAAAAAUAGCUUACGCUUUUUCCCAAGCAACUGAAGACAUUCGGAAAACAUUUCGAAUGAAUGCAACAUCCGGAGAAAUCCUUUUAGCAAAGCUACUGGAUUUUGAAUCCAUCCAGACAUAUACAGUAUAUGUUCAGGCUACAGAUGGUGGGGGACUUUCUGGAAGCAGUGUGGUGUUUGUUCAAGUGAUGGAUUUGAAUGAUAACCCACCGGAACUGACUAUGUCCACACUUACCAAUCACAUCCCAGAAAACUCCCCGGAAACCAUAAUUGCUGUGUUCAGUGUUGCAGAUCCUGACUCUGGAGACAACGGAAAAAUGGUGUGCUCCAUCCCAGAGGAUCUUCCUUUUAUUCUAAAACCCUCAGUUGAGAACUUCUACACUCUUAUGACAAACACAGCCCUGGACCGGGAGACCAGAUCACAGUACAACAUCACCAUUGCCAUCACUGAUCUAGGCACACCCAGGCUCACAACACAGCACACCAUCACAGUGCAGGUGUCCGAUGUCAAUGACAACGCCCCUGCCUUCACACAAACCUCCUACACCCUGUUUGUCCAGGAGAACAACAGCCCUGCCCUGCACAUAGGCACCAUCAGUGCCACAGACUCAGACUCAGGCUCCAAUGCCCACAUCACCUACUCUCUGUUGCCCACCUAUGACCUGCAGCUGGCUCUCUCCUCUCUCAUCUCCAUCAACGCAGACAAUGGGCAAUUGUUCGCGCUCAGGGCGCUGGACUACGAGGCUCUACAGACCUUCGAGUUCCACGUGGGCGCCACAGACCAAGGCUCUCCUGCGCUCAGCAGCCAGGCGCUGGUGCGUGUGCUGGUGCUGGACGCCAAUGACAAUGAUCCCUUCGUGCUCUACCCGCUGCAGAACGCCUCUGUGCCCUGCACAGAGCUGCUGCCCAGGGCGGCAGAGCCUGGAUACCUGGUCACCAAGGUGGUGGCAGUGGAUCACGACUCUGCCCAGAAUGCCUGGCUGUCGUUCCAGCUGCUCAAGGCCACGGAACCCGGGCUGUUCAGCGUGUGGGCUCACAAUGGCGAGGUGCGCACCUCCAGGCUGCUGAGUGAGCGCGAUGCUCCCAAGCACAGGCUGCUGCUGCUGGUCAAGGACAAUGGAGAUCCUCCAAGGUCUGCCAGUGUCACUCUGCAUGUGCUGCUGGUGGAUGGCUUCUCUCAGCCCUACCUGCCUCUGCCAGAAGUGGCGCGCGACCCAGCCCAGGACAAUGAGGACUUGCUCACUCUGUACCUGGUCAUUGCCUUGGCUUCUGUGUCUUCGAUCUUCUUCUUGUCUGUGCUGCUGUUUGUGGGGGUGAAGCUGUGCAGGAGGGCCAGGGCGACCUCUCUGGGUGGCUGCUCUGUGCCUGAGGGACACUUUCCUGGUCACCUGGUGGAUGUCAGCGGCACUGGGACCCUGUCCCAGAGCUACCAAUAUGAGGUGUGUCUGACUGGAGACUCUGGAACCACAGAUUUCAAGUUUCUGAAGCCUGUUAUUCCCAACUUCCUCCUUCAGAGUUCAGAGAGAGAGAAUGAUACAAACGCCAGUUACAGGAAUAGUUUUGAAUUCAGUUAAAUACUGAUGAGGAAAUACGGAGUCGAGUCUCAGCUAAAACGUUAAAGGCUUGAUUUUACUGCUUUGCCAACUGGAGUCUCUUUUCCUUUGAAAAUAACUAUCUUACUCCAAUCCUUUGCACGUCACUGGUAUUUCUAGAUAAGUAAGGUCUGUGGAAUAAGGAAUCUGAAUUUUGCUUGUAUUCCAAUUGUGAUUAGUCUUGUAGUUUUGUUUGACUUAAUAUGAGAGUAAAAUUUGUGUUUUCAGAAAUCCUUUUAUUUUUAGACAGGACCUCACUAUGUAGCUCCGGCUGUCCUGGA